AUGUCAAAUAACCACAUGCCUGGUUCUGGUGCCCCAAAUUUACCUGUUUCUUCUUCAUAUAAUGUAAAUGUUGAUUCUUCUGGCUCCCAGUAUCAGACACAGAUAAAUAAUCAUACGUUUCCAUCAGGGUUUUCAUUGGGACAGAAGGCAGACGCAUCAACUUACUGGAGAGAAUUUACAAGUCCUGGAGAGAAUUUGCACGCUUCUGAUUUUGGAUCCAUUUCUGUUGUUAAAACAUCAUCCCCGGGUGCAGAUGGUUUAUUAGUCUCGGCACACGAUGCUAAAUCAAGCCCAAUUGCUGUGUCACCAGCUGCUAACUUACCAACUAUUGUGGCUUUAGAAUCAUCAAGUUUAUCUGGUAAUGUUUCUUCUCCGAUGAUUGGAACAGUCGAAAUGAAGAAUUCUUCAGAACCUGCUUUGCCAGCUGUUGCUAAUUCAGAAAAAAUUGGAAUAGCAGUAACCUUGGGAAAUUCUGUCGCGCCACCGGUGCAUGUUUUCAGAUUUAUAUGUUAUAAAUUUGCCUCUGGUUUAUGUUGCUUCUUAUUUGGAAUUCAAUUUUUCUGUAGUUUUGAGACUACUACAACUCAAGUUACAGUAGUGUAUGGUGAUGGAUUUUCUUCGAAGAAUAGAGAGCUGUUAUGCUGGAUGUUGAUCCAACAAUUUUGUAGUGUAGUUGUUAGUCAACUGCUAACAGGUGAAGAAUAUGCUACAAAUUCCAAUGAGAAUGUCAAGAAAGAUGUUGUAAUAACUGAAAUCGGAGGUACUACUCCAUCAGAUGAGAAAAUAGUCGAGCUGGGACCAUUAGUUUAUGAGAGCAAAGCGGAGGAAAAGAGUACAUUCAAAACUCUUUUGGAAUCUGCAAAUAUUGGGUCUGAUUGCAUGUGGAAUCAGGCCAUGAGAGCAGUAAUUAAUGACCGGAGAUAUGGUGCUCUAAAAUCCCUUUGUGAGCAGAAGCAAGCUUUUAAUGAGUAUUUGAGCCAAAAGAGAAAACUAGAAGCGGGUGUUAAACAGAAAAAAGCUCGGGAAGAUUUCAGGGAUUGCAAGGAGCUGUCACCAUCAUCAAGAUGGAGGCUAGUAGCCAGUGGUGGAAAGUUCAGGACCGCUUGGAAACUGAUGAAAGAUGCUCCCGCCUUGAGAAAAUCAAUCGCUUGGAGAUUUUCCAGGUACUACUUAUUUACAGAUGUUAUGGAUGAGCUGGAGAAACAGUAUCUUGAUGACAAGUCACAAAUUAAAGAUGCAGUUAGGAUGGCCGAGAUUGGAUUGACAUUAGCCUGGAUGCUUGAUGAUUUUAAGGUUGCAAUCGCCAAGUAUAUUAGCUCUCCACCAAUGUCAGAUACCAACUUAAAGUUUGUCUUUGAGGAGUUACUGGAAAGGGCCAGGGAGAAAGAAGAAAAAGAAGCUAAAAAGCGUAAAUGUCUAGCAGAUGAGUUCUAUGAACUCCUUCAUGAAAUUACUGCAUCGUCGAAAUGGGAGGACUGGAAAUCCCUCUUCGGAGAUAGAAUAAUGGGUGAUGAGGGUUUGCUGCUUGAAAUAUUUAACAAAUUUGUUAAUGAACUAAAAGAGAAGGAGCGCAAGCAUCAAGAGGAUUGA